AAACCUUCACUAACAAGAUGAAGAUCCUGCUAAUUAUAUCUGUCCUAAUCCUUUGGACUGAAACAUUGGCAGAUCAAAGUCCAGAGCCAGGCCCUCAGUUCGCAGACGUGGUGUUUCUGGUGGACAGCUCUGAUCACCUGGGAACCAAGUCCUUCCCUCUGGUGAAGACGUUCAUCACCAAAGUAAUCAGCAGUCUCCCCAUAGAGGCCGACAAAUACCGCGUGGCCCUGGCCCAGUACAGUGACAAGUUCCACAGUGAAUUCCAGCUGAGCACCUUCCAGAGCAGGAACCCCAUGCUGAACCACCUCAGGAAGAACUUCAGCUUCACUGGCGGCUCCCUGCGGAUAGGAAAUGCCCUCCAGGAGGCUCACAGAACCUAUUUCUCUGGACCCCCAAACAGGAGAGACAAGAAAGAGUUUCCCCCAAUUUUGGUGGUCCUGGCUUCAGCCGAGUCCGAGGAUGACGUAGAAGAGGCUUCCAAGGCCCUAAGGAAAGACGGAGUGAGAAUCAUCUCCGUGGGGAUGCAGAGAGCUUCUGAGGAGGACCUGAAGGCCAUGGCCACAGCUCCGUUUCAUUUCAACCUUCGGACGGUCAGAGACCUCAGCACGUUUUCCCAAAACAUGACGCAGAUCAUCAAGGAUGUGACUCAGUACAAGGAAGGAGCAGAUGACACUGAUAUAAAAGUUCCCUUCCCCAUGGCCUGUCAGAAAGAUUCCCUUGCCGACCUCGUGUUCCUGGUGGAUGAGUCAGUCGGAACCACACAAAAUUUAAGGAACCUGCAGAGCUUCCUGAAGAACAUUACCGCCUCCAUGGAUGUGAAGGACAAUUGCCUGCGUCUUGGACUUAUGAGUUACAGCAACGCAGCCAAUACUAUUUCUUCUCUGAAUUCAAGUACAACCCAAUCUGAAUUUCAGGAACAAAUCCAGAAGCUUUCUCUCCAGGCUGGGAAAUCCAAUGUUGGAGCUGCUAUUGAGACGAUGAGGAGAGAAGGCUUCUCAGAGUCAAAUGGCAGCAGAAGGGCACAGGGAGUGCCUCAGAUCGCAGUUCUGAUCACUAACAGACCAUCAGAUGACGAGGUGCGUGAGGCUGCGCUGCAACUUCGGCUGGAGGACGUAACUGUGUUUGCCAUGAGCAUCCAAGGGGCUAACGAUACCCAGAUAGAAGAAAUAGCAUCUUACCCUCCGAGACAGACAGUUUCCGUGCUGAAGUCCUAUGCAGACUUGGAAACUUAUAGUAAGAACUUCCUAAAAAAGCUCCAGAAUGAAAUAUGGUCCCAAAUUUCUACUCGUGCUGAACAAAUAGAUCUUGACAAAACUGGCUGUGUGGAUACAAAGGAGGCUGAUCUCUAUUUCCUCAUCGAUGGCUCAACCAGCAUCCGUCAAAAAGAGUUUGAGCAAAUCAAGAAAUUUAUGUCAGCAGUGACAGAAAUGUUUAGCAUUGGCCCAGGCCAAGUCCGAGUUGGAGUUGUGCAGUAUUCACAUGAGAAUAAAGUAGAAUUUCAUAUUAGUGUCUAUUCUAAUGAUGUGGACUUAAGAAAGGCUAUUUUCAACAUCAGGCAACUGCAAGGCAGAACUUCCACGGGGGCAGCUCUGGAUUUCAUGGGGCCAAUAAUAAGGGAGGGAAGGAAGCAUAGGCCAAGCGGGAUUCCCUGUCAUCUCAUUGUGCUGACUGAUGGGAAGUCAUCAGACGACGUCCUGGAACCUGCUGAGAGGCUAAGGGCUGAGCAGAUCACCAUUCAUGCAGUUGGCAUUGGAGAUGCUAACAAGGCAGAACUGCAACAAAUUGCUGGGAAAGAAGAAAGGGUUAACUUUGCACAGAACUUUGAUUCUUUAAAAAGCAUAAAAAAUGAAGUUGUUCACGGCAUCUGCACUGAGAAAGGUUGUGAAGACAUGAAGGCUGACAUCAUGUUUCUGGUGGACAGUUCUGGCAGUAUAGGACUUGAAAAUUUUGGGAAAAUGAAAACCUUCAUGAAAAAUCUGUUAGCUAAGAUUCAAAUUGGACCCGACAAAACCCAUAUUGGUGUCGUUCAGUUCAGUACUGAUACUAAGGAAGAGUUCCAGCUUAAUAAAUACUUUACGCAGAAAGAAAUUUCUGAUGCAAUAGACCAAAUGUCUUACCUCAACCAAAACACUUUUACUGGAAAGGCACUAACAUUUGUAGAUCAGUACUUCAGCCCCCUCAAGGGGGCCCGUCUUAGGGUGAAAAAGUUUCUCAUCCUCAUCACGGAUGGAGAAGCACAGGAUGCUGUAAGAGACCCUGCCAGAGCUCUUCGGGACAAAGGUGUGAUCAUCUUCUCUGUGGGAGUGUUCGGUGCCAAUAGGUCUCAGCUAGAGGAGAUCAGUGGGGAUGGCAGCCUGGUCUUCCAUGUUGAGAAGUUCGAUGAUCUAAAGGCAAUAGAAAGUAAACUCAUCUUUCGUGUCUGCGCUCAGCAUGAUUGUAAAAGGAUUAACCUGUUAGACGUUGUGUUUGUGCUGGAUCAUUCAAGCAGCAUAGGUUCACAACAGCAAGAAAGCAUGAUGAACCUAACUAUCCAUUUGGUGAAGAAAGCGGAUGUUGGCAGGGACCGAGUUCAGUUUGGAGCUCUCAGAUACUCUGACCAUCCUGAGGAUCUUUUCUACCUUAAUACAUACUCAAACAGAUCAGCAAUCAUUGAGAAUCUGAGGAGGCACAGGGACACCAGAGGGCCUACCUACACUGCCAGAGCUCUCGAGCACUCAAACAGCCUGUUCACUGAGGAACACGGCAGCCGCAUCAAGCAAAACGUGAAGCAGAUGCUGAUCAUCAUCACCGAUGGGGUAUCCCAUGACCGAAGCCUGCUCAAUGACACAGCAUUGAAAUUAAGAAACAAAGGCAUUAUCAUCUAUGCAGUGGGUGUAGGAAAGGCCGACCCAGAAGAACUUGAGACUAUGGCAGGGAAUAAAAACAAUGCUAUCCAUGUAGAUAAUUUUGACAAACUGAAAGAUGUUUACCAGGUUCUACAAGAUGGUAUGUGUACCAAUGCACAAGAGGACUGUAAAAUUAAAGAAGCCGAUGUGAUUUUCCUUUGUGAUGGCUCUGACAUGGUAUCUGAUGCCGAGUUUGGUACCAUGACAACUUUCUUGUCAGACUUAAUUGAUAAUUUUGACAUUCAGUCUCAAAGAAUGAAAAUUGGGAUGGCUCAAUUUGGGAGCCGCUACCAAGAAAUUAUUGAGUUGGAAAACUCUCUGACUACAACCCAGUGGAAGACGCGAAUUCAAAAUAUCACCAAGAGCAGUGGGCUUCCGCGAAUCGACUUCGCCCUUAGGCAAGUGAGCUGGAUGUUUGAUGCAUCUGCUGGUGGGAGAAGAAACGCUGGUGUGCCUCAAACUUUGCUUGUUAUCACAUCUGGGGAUCCCCGCUAUAAUGUGGCAAAUGCAGUAAAAAUCCUGAAAGACCUUGGAAUUUGUGUCCUUGUUUUGGGCAUAGGAGAUGUUCACAAGGAACAGCUUCUGCCGAUAACAGGCAAUUCUGAAAAAAUAAUCGCUUUUGAAGACUUUAAUAAAUUAAAGAACGUGGAUGUGAAGAAAAGAAUGGUCCGUGAAAUCUGCCAGAGCUGUGGGAAAACCAAUUGCCUUGUGGACAUGGUGGUUGGGUUCGACAUUUCCACUCACCUGCUGGGACAGCCGUUGUUCCACGGCCACCCCCGCCUGGAAUCAUACCUCCCAGGCAUCUUAGAGGACAUCACCUCCAUCAGGGGGGUGAGCUGUGGGGGAGGCGCAGAGGCGCAGGUGAGCGUGGCCUUUAAGGUGAACAAUGACCAAGAAUUCCCUGCCAAGUUCCAAAUCUAUGAGAAAACAAUAUUUGACAGUUUGCUGCAAGUCACCGUCAAUGGGCCAACUCAUCUGAAUGCACAGUUCUUGCAGUCGCUGUGGGACACGUUUGAGGAUAAAUCUGCAUCCCGAGGACAGGUGCUCCUCAUCUUUUCAGAUGGUCUUGGAGAUGAAAGCACCACAAUGCUUGAGCAUCAGUCGGACAGGCUCAGAGAAGCAGGACUUGAUGCUCUGCUGGUGGUAUCCCUAAACACAACUGCUCAUGAUGAGUUUUCCAGCUUUGAAUUUGGGAAAGGAUUUGAUUACAGGUCUCAUCUGACAAUUGGAAUGAGAGAACUGGGAAAAAUGCUAUCACAAUAUCUGGGAAACAUUGCAGAGAGGGCUUGCUGCUGUACAUUUUGCAAGUGUCCAGGGAUUCCAGGACCUCAAGGGAGCCGGGGACCACUAGCUUCGAAGGGUUCUCCAGGUCUGAAAGGCAGCAGAGGACACAGGGGAGAGGAUGGAGACCCUGGCAGACGAGGAGACACUGGACUCCAAGGAGAAAAAGGGCUUGCAGGAUGUCUAGGGGAGCAGGGUCAAAAGGGAGCCAGAGGAUUUCCUGGAUCUAAGGGAGAAGAUGGUGACGAUGGGCUGGAUGGACUUGAUGGGGAGGAGGGUGUUCAUGGAUUUCCAGGAAAAAAGGGAGAAAAAGGUGAUCCAGGAUCCCAGGGCAGCCCAGGUUCCAGAGGCCCCCCUGGGGGAUAUGGGGAGAAGGGCUUCCCAGGGGAUCCUGGUAAUCCGGGACAAAACAACAAUCUCAAAGGACAAAAGGGCUCCAAAGGAGAGCAAGGAAGUCAAGGUAGAACCGGACAGAAAGGAACACAAGGUAGUUCUAAUUCCGGAGGAAGCAGGGGCAGAGAAGGCCAAAGGGGGCUCCAGGGUGCCUCGGGGCAGCCGGGAAAUCCUGGGCCUGAAGGUGCACAGGGAGCUGAAGGCUUACAAGGCCCACAGGGGGUAAAUGGAGUUCCUGGCAGGAAAGGAGAGAAGGGAAGCGAGGGGCAUAAAGGACCUCAGGGUCCUCCUGGGAUAGUGGGAGCUAAAGGGAGCAUUGGAAGACCUGGACUUUUGGGGAAAAAAGGAGAACCUGGAAUUCUUGGAGAUCCGGGGCCAGUGGGGCAAGAUGGACAGCGAGGACAGCAGGGAGAUUAUGGCAUCCCAGGCUAUGGUCCUACGGGACGAAAAGGAAUAAAGGGCCCAAGAGGAUUCCCUGGAGAUAUGGGGCAAAAGGGUAAUGUUGGUGAUCCUGGAAUUGCUGGGAGGCCUGGCCCCAAAGGAUUUAGGGGAUUAACGCUCAGUGUAGGCUUGAAAGGUGAAGAGGGAUCUCAAGGAACUCAAGGCCCUCCUGGACGGAGAGGUGCUAAAGGCAUGGCGGGGCAGCCUCUACAUUCUCAGUGUGAUCUGAUCCAGUUCAUGCGGGACCAUAGUCCUUGUUGGAAAGAAAAGUGUCCUCCGUAUCCAACAGAGCUGGUGUUUGCCUUGGACCAGUCCUACGGUAUCACAGAACAGAGAUUUAAUGAAAUGAAGGACAUCAUCGCUUCUAUUGUCAAUGACCUUAACAUCAGGGAAAAUAAUUGCCCUGUGGGAGCAAGUGUAGUUGUGGUUUCCUAUGACUCCGACACCAACUAUCUCAUCCGUUGGUCUGACUACCAUAGAAAGAAGCAACUCCUCCAGCUUCUUUCCCAAAUAAAAUAUCAAAUCCCCACAGAAGCCCGAGACAUUGGUAAUGCGAUGAGGUUUGUGGCCCGAAAUAUUUUCAAGCGGACUUAUCCAGGAGCCAACGUGAGGAGAGUUGCUGUGUUUUUUAGCAAUGGACAAGCAGCCAGUAGGUCGUCCAUCAUCACAGCCACCAUGGAGUUUAGCGCCCUGGAUAUCAGUCCAGCAGUCUUUGCUUUUAAUGAAAGGAAUUUCCUUGAUGAGGCUUUUGGGUUUGACAACACUGGAACAUUUCAGGUGAUUCCAGUUCCUCCAAAUGGGGAAUAUGAACCACUGGAAAGACUUCGGCAUUGUACACUUUGCUAUGAUAAGUGUUUUCCAAAUACUUGCAUCGAAGAAGUAUUUGUGCCUGAAAAGUCAUACAUGGAUGUAGCCUUCAUCUUAGAUAAUUCUCGGAAUAUAGCAAAUGAUGAGUUUAAAGCUGUAAAAGCCUUGGUGAGCUCAAUGCUUGACAACUUUGACAUUGCUUCAGACCCUUUAACUUCAGACUCUGGUGAUAGAAUUGCCUUGUUAAGCUAUUCUCCUUGGAAUAAUUCUAGGAGAAAGAAGGGUGCAAUAAAAACAGAGUUUGAGUUUACAACUUAUGACAACCAAGUCCUAAUGAAGAACCACAUCCAGACUUCCCUCCAGCAGCUAAAUGGAGAAGCCACCAUUGGCCAAGCCCUACAGUGGAUCAUGGAGACUCUCUUCCCAAGAACACCCAACCUUAGAAAACACAAGGCUAUCUUUGUGGUCUCAGCUGGAGAAAAUCAUGAGAGAAUGGAAUUCUUAAAGAAGAUGACUCUAAGGGCCAAGUGUCAAGGCUAUGUCAUAUUUGUGAUUUCCCUGGGCUCUACACAUAGGGACGACAUGGAGGAGUUAGCCAGCUACCCACUUGAUCACCAUCUGAUACAGCUCGGGAGAAUUCACAAACCAGAUCUGGAUUAUGUUGUGAAGUUUUUAAAGCCAUUUGUAUACUCAGUCCGACGAGGAUUCAAUCAGUACCCACCACCGAUGCUUGAGAAUGCCUGUAGACUCAUCCAUUCAGAAGGAGAGGAUGAUCAAAAUAGCGAUCUCCUAUUUACUACUGAGCCACAUGAGGUUUCUUUAAGACAGAACAGCUUCACUGGCCGGGAAUUAAGUGCUGAGAGAGACUCAUCUUUUGUCUUGGAGGAUAACGGAAGUGACCAUUUGGUUUACGUUCCAAGCCAAAUGUUUGUGCCACAGGAAUUAAUGAUUAAAUAUGAAAAACAUAAGGAUUCUAAAGGAAUUGCAAGUCUCACUUCUGGACAUGGAAAUCAUGGCAGAAAAGAAGGACCAGGUCUUACUUAUGAACCUGGAGAUGCCUCUCUUCAAGAAUAUUACAUGGAUGUGGCUUUCCUCAUAGAUGCUUCCCAAAGAGUAGGAAAUGAUGAGUUUAAGGAAGUGAAAGCUUUUAUAACCUCAGUUCUUGAUUACUUUCACAUUGCCCCAGAUCCACUGACCUCCACCUUAGGGGAUAGAGUGGCAGUCCUGAGCUACUCUCCUCCAGGCUAUAUGCCCAACACUGAAGAAUGCCCUGUCUACCUGGAAUUUGAUUUGGUCACUUAUAACAGUAUACACCAAAUGAAACAUCAUCUCCAAGACUCUCUUCAACAGCUCAAUGGAGAUGUUUUUAUUGGCCAUGCCCUGCAAUGGACAAUUGACAAUGUCUUUGUAGGAACCCCCAACCUGAGGAAAAACAAAGUUAUCUUCAUUAUAUCUGCUGGUGAAACCAACCCCUUAGACAAAGAAGUCUUAAGAAAUGUGUCUCUGAGAGCCAAGUGUCAGGGCUACUCUAUAUUUGUAUUUUCCUUUGGUCCUUUACACAAUGACAAGGAAUUAGAAGAAUUAGCCAGCCACCCACUGGAUCAUCACUUAGUUCAGCUUGGCCGAACCCACAAGCCAGAUUUGAACUAUAUCAUCAAGUUUGUCAAGCCAUUUGUCCAUUCGAUCAGACGUGCCAUCAACAAAUAUCCCCCUGCAGAUCUGAGACCCAAGUGUGUUAACAUCACUUCUCCCAACCCAGAGACUGUUGGCACAGAAAACACUGUAUUCCUUAUUCCUGAGGUGUAUGAAAUAGAGACAGCAAACAGUGAGCUGUUUGGUGAGCUUGGUUCCCAGGAGCAGCAUGUCUUUGCAGUAGGGAGCAAUCACAGUAAUGGUUCUGAGACCACUACUCAUUGGAUAUGGAAGUUAUACAUGCUCUUGUCAACUGGGGAUCUGAUGAUGAAAGACGAGGAGGCACAUUCAGAAGAAAUUACAGCCCCAGCAAAUGAUAAACAACCAGAUGAAAAAGAUGGUGAGGACGCAAGAUGAUCACAGCAGCAAAGAAGAUAUCUCCAUUGGCAUGUGUAAUUCCAUGUGGUUCUAACCAGAAAGCAAGAAUCGUCUGUUAGAGGUGGAGUGGAAAGUGGCAGGAAUUUCUCAUGUGAACAAUUGGCUAAUAACAUGCUAAAUCUGUUCUGCUUCAAAUCUGAGGGAAAGACUUUUCUGAGUGAAGACAUCAGUGAGCAGACCUGAGGAACUAGGAAUGAUUUCAUUUCUCCUGAGAAUUGGGACAACUGACCUUGAAGAGUUCACUGAAUCUUUUCUUUGACAACCCUGUACAGUUCAGGCAUCGAUUCUGAUGAUGUGUCUGCCAAAAGAUUUUUGUCAUAAUUUUCAUCCCAUCUAUAUCAAAUUGGACUCUUGAGUUAAAAGCAGUUAGAAUUAGUUUUCUGGGAAUGUCUUCUAGCUAUUCAUAGAACUAGACCCCCAUGCCCAUGUCUUCAGUUCUGGUAUGACCCUAAUGUUGCAUCUAGCACUGAUUGCUCUGUAAAAACCACCUGUCAGGCUGCCACCACCAUAGUCAAUGCUUGCUCUUUUCCAGGACAUUUACGAAAGAAUGGAAUUUGUGAGAAAGAGAAAAGGGAGAUGAGGCUAAUUUUAUGAACUGCUAUUUUGUGCUGUGUUCAUUUGUUUUGUUGUAGCAUAUUUUGCAUGUACUUGAUUUUUGCUGCAAAAAACCAAAACAUUAUGAAAAAGGAUGAAUACUCUAUAUGACCAGAGCAGUUCUUGGGAAUUACAAUGUAGCAAGAGACAAGUUCUGAAAUAAAAGCAAGUCUGACUUGGAA